AUGGAUGGAAUGCAAUAUCUUAAGAUAAUUGAAAAUGGGAGUGUCGUGAUAGGAAGAGAUGGCCGAAUAGAAGCUGUGGGGGCUGCUGAUUCAAUCAAAGCUGUUUAUUCAGAGGCCUCUUUUGAUAAGGUGAUAGAUGCGUCAGGAAUGUGUGUCCUGCCUGGAUUGGUUGAUGCCCACACGCACCCUGUUUGGGCCGGCGACAGGGUGCAUGAAUUUGCAAUGAAGUUGGCUGGAGCCAGUUACAUGGAUGUCCAUCGUGCUGGAGGUGGAAUACAUUUCACCGUGGGGCACACUCGAGCCGCAGAAGUCUCCGACCUUGUGUCCUCGCUGAGCAGUAGACUGAAGCGAAUGCUGCGCACAGGAACCACUCUGGUGGAAUGUAAGAGUGGCUAUGGACUAGAGCUGCACACAGAGAUGAAGAUGCUGGAGGUGAUAGAAGAGGCAAGGCGCACACUGCCCAUAAAUAUCUCCUCAACCUACUGUGGCGCACACGCAGUGCCAAAGGGGAAAACUGUUGCUGAGGCAACAGAAGACAUUCUACAAGUGCAGCUUCCUAAACUGAAAGAAUACAUGGAAUCUGGUGCCAUGAAAGUCAACAACAUUGAUGUUUUUUGUGAGAAGGGGGUAUAUGAUUUGACUUCUACAAAAUCCAUCUUGCAAGCUGGCAAAGAAAUGGGCCUAAACAUUAAUUUUCAUGGAGAUGAGCUACACCCCAUGAACUCCGCUCAGUUGGGAGCAGAACUUGGAGCACUGGCCAUCAGUCACCUGGAGGAGGUCACAGAUGAAGGUAUAGCUGCUAUGGCAAAGGCAAGCACUGCUGCUGUUCUUUUACCAACAACGGCUUACAUUUUGAGACUGCCUCAACCCCGGGCCAGGGACAUGCUGAAGGCUGGCAUCAUCGUUGCUCUUGGCAGUGACUUCAACCCCAAUGCAUACUGCUGCUCUAUGCCCAUUGUCAUGCAUCUGGCCUGUGUGAAUUUGAGGAUGUCCAUGUCUGAGGCCCUAGCUGCGGCCACCAUAAAUGCUGCCUACGCCCUUGGGUGUUCCAGAACACACGGCUCUUUAGAAGUCCACAAAGACGGAGACCUGCUGAUCCUCAAUACAACACGAUGGGAGCAUCUGAUUUACCAACUGGGAGGACAUCAAGAGCUCAUUCGUUAUGUCAUCAUCAAAGGAAACAUUAUCUAUGACAACGACCGAACCAUGUGCUUAUGA